CAUGUUACUCGGAAAAUUCUCUGCCAGAAAUUUGCGGUGUUUUCUUCCUCACAAGUACGAUGUGAAGUGGAAAUUUCGACGUGGUAACAAUGUUGGACUAAUUUUGUUCCUUUUGUUUAUUUUUAGGUGAAGAAAUGCGAUUUUAAGGAGGAAACUAUCCACAGACAGUUUGCAGUUGAGCGGCCAUGUGAAAUGGCUGCUCAAACUAGUUGUCGUGUGCAAUGCGUGAACUUAGGUCGCCCCAAAUUCUUUUUAAAAUUUAUGUACACGCCUAGAACGUGUAUGUAUUGACGAAAGAAAGUUCUUUGGGGAAAGGGUUAUCGAAGUGACGCACAGUGCCCAAGAGUGAAGGACUGUUGUGAAAGUUGAACCUGAAAAGAGAGAAGAGCUGGAAAAAAAUAUGAGCACAUCAGGUGGUGAGCCUCACACUCUGCUGAAUGCUCUCAAACCAAUGCUAGGUUGUUUAGGAGAUAUCAAGGCCCCUCAAGAGGUGGUGCGGAUUAUAAGUUUAAUGCGAGAUGCAGAGAAGUUGAUGAGUCGUUGUAUUUACUUGAACAUCCUGAAAGCUACUAUUUCAGCUGCAAAGGAAAGUGAAACUGCAAGUGAAUCACUAGAAAAGUUUAUGAGUGUAGGAGGCUGGAAUAUACUGAAUAAGUGGUUAGUUGAGGCAAAGAAAACUGAGAAUUUUCCUGUGCUAUUGGAAUUACUGGAGGUCUUGAGAGAUCUUCCUGUAAAUAUAGACACUUUGAAACAAGGCAAUACUGGCAAGAUUAUCAAGCAUCUCACAAAGUUAGAAAAUCAAGAUGUCAAGAAGCUUGCCUCAGGAAUUGUCAAACAAUGGAUGAGUCUUGUGAGAAAUCAGACAGGAACAUCAGGUGACAAGCCUAAGCUGAAUGGUUCUGCUAAUGGUGAGGAUACUUUGCAAGGCUCCAAGCAGGGUGAGUCUGUCUCUUCGACUGAAGGGAAGCCUGCCAAGAGGAUGAGAGACAACAACUCAACAGACUCAAACAGGUCACCUCAAGUUGAGAAGAAGGCUAAAACACUGAAUGAAGUUAAAAGUGAUGUCAAACAGAGCAUGGCACAAAAGAAUGUUUCUAAAACAAAAGUUAUCCCACCUCAGCCUAAACCUGUUGCUAUGGAGAGUGCAGGAUUCAUGAAUGCCUUAACAAUUGCAGCAUCAGCUGCCCCUGUGCGAAAAAGAAAACGUGUGUCCACAGCUUCAAAGACUGGAACUACUAACACCACAACUUCAACCUCUUCAGCCACGACCACCAAGCCAACAUAUACAGGAAUUCUUGAUGCUAUUUUGGACAGUCAGUCACAAACACAUGGUCAAGAGGAUGGAAGGGAGAAGGAAAAAGAGAACAAAGAUAAAGAAGUGGAUAGUUCAGGCAAUAACAAGUCUGGUUCAUCUCCUAAUGGCUCACCUGAUGACACAUCUGCACCAAGUGGAGAUAUUGGAGAUUUUAGCAAAAUUUCAGAGCCUUCUGAAAAAGAUAAUUCUCCAAAUGCAGCAUCACAGGCGUCAACAGAUACAGUAACAUCAGCAGCUGAUGAUUUAGAAGAGAAACCAGCAAAGAAGUCCAAGAAGGGUAAAAGAGUUACAUGGCCUGAUGAUGAUGCCAACCUUGCUAUCUUCCAUUACUUUGAGAUGGAUGAAGACGAAAGAGCUCUGGUUAGACAUCCUGUGAACUUCCUUGAUGCAGCACAUAAUGAAAUGGUCAGGGAGAGACAGCUUGUGGAACAAGCCAAACGUUUGAGUGAAGACAUAAUGGCAGAGAGAAUCAAGUGGUACAGACCCAGAGCCUUAACACUAGAACACCAAAUGGAAAAAGGUUCAAAGAGUACACAGAGGCAAAUACAGAAAACCAGAGAAGCUAGUAUACUUGCAGAUAUAUUUUUAACCAAGUCAAGUUUGCCUGACAGCCCAGCAGAACCUGAACCUGAUAACCAAAAAGGAAGUCCGGAAGAACCCAGAGUUAUACCACAUGAUGAGAAAGGAACCACUCAUGUACCUGCCAAGGCUCCAGUUGUAUCUUCUAACAACAGCAGUGUACAGCUUCCACCAGCACUUAUGUCACUGUUGUCAUCAGCAUCCUCAACUACAGCUGGGUCGGUAUCUCAUGGAAGUGGUGACAGAGGACCUUAUACAGUUCAAGCCCUCCUUGAUAAAAUCAUGAAUCCCUCCACGCAAGGUAACCCACCCGACAUGGCACCUGGUUCUCAGUCUCUUCCUCAAAAUGAGCCAGGGAGUUCCUCCUUACCCCCAGCCCUCCAACAUAUCCUGGAACCUCUUCAGCAGAACAAAAUGGGUCCUCCACGGAUGCAGGGACCUGGACCAGGAUCCAUGCCUGGCAUGGGUGCGGGAGCAGGAUUGCUGGGUGCAGCACCAGGUGAUCCAAUGGGGAGUCUUAAUGUCUUCAGACCAUCCGGUCCUAUGGGUCCUAGAGGUGUACAAGGCCCACAUUUAAGACCUGAUAUGCCCCCGCAUUUUCAAGGCCCUGGAGGCCCUAGACAAGGUCCACCAAUUGGGCCCCUGUUUCCAGGUCCAGAGGGCCCCAUGAUGGGUCCUCGCAUGAGGGGACACAUGCCAAUUCGAAUGCAGGGCGGACCAGGUAUUGGUAGAGCCAUGCCAACAGGUCCUCGGCCUCUUUUACCAGAGAUGGCCCAACGAGACGACUUCCACUCGGACCAGUUCGACGAUGGAGGGGAGUAUGGUGACGAAGACGAAGAAGGCGAACUUGGAGACAUGAGCAUGCGUGGUAGGGGUCGAGGAAUGCCGCGCGGUCGUGCACGUGGAAGGGGAAGGGGCAGAGGAACGCCUCCUGUCUGUCGACAUUUUGUGUCAAAACGAGGCUGUCUUAGAGGAAACACGUGUCACUUUUUACAUCCCGGAGUAAAUGGACCUCCAGUUUGACAGUGAAUAAUAGAGCGUUUGAAGACGGUGGUGCUAAAUUCCUGAGGUCAUACUUUUCUUGUUGACAAUUACGACAGGAAGCAGGGAAUUGGAGUAGAACUUUUUUACUUGGGCAUGACAUGGAAUGUACUGAUACGUCUUCAAGUUACUUUAUUUUUGAUAAGAAACAAUAAUGUCUGAAGUUCACCAAUGGUAUUUAAUAAGGAAUAACAUACGGGUAAUGCUCUAAGUUUUCAUUUACAGUCGGCAUCGAGACGUAUGUUCUCGAGGUGGCCUAAGCACAGCAGAGGAAGGAUUUAUAGCUAUUGAAGAAUGACACUGAACACGCAGUGAAGGAAACUCUCUCUAGUACCAAAUCAGGGAAACUAGUCUAGCAAGGAGGAAAAAUUACCAAAUUUCUUGUGACUUUCUUUUAAACCUCAAAGCCCUCUUAGUGUUAAAUGAAAUGGGGUCAAGCAAAUGCGACCAAUCUUUUUAGUCUGAUGGAAUAAGGUAGUGAUGAAGGUGAAGUGUUUAUUAAUGUUUCACGAUACUUGCGCGAUUUGUUUCCUUGAUUUGGUAUGAGUAUCCAAAUUCUCCUGGCCGCCAAUACAAGCAGUGUUGCAACUGCUACAGAAAAUACAUACCCCAGUCAUAAAGGUUUAGGGAGUCGUGCACAAUUCGAGACUUGUACUUUGCUCAGUUAUUGACUCAACUCUUCUCUCUUAUCCAUUCAUCUCCGUCGAAACUACGGAAACUACGUAUUUUAUCACGAGCGUUCGUUAUUGAAAUUAUCUUUGUACAUAUUGUAUAGAGUGUGGAAACAGCGCAUGUAGAAUACUAGGUAGAAAUAGUUUUUAAGCGAUAUCUACUUGAAAAUAUUUUGCAACACAGCUAGAGAAUAAAUGUUUCGUAUUUUAGUCAGUCCGAGUUUCAGCAGAAACUAGAAGAUUCAAAUACAAAUUUUUGGAGUAAUCUCAACGUGAUGCAGAUCCCAGGGAAGCAGACUUUUUUGUUCUUGGUUAAGGUAUGAAUAACCCCAACGCAUUUAGUGUGACAUUUCAUUUCUGUGCUAGCUAGUAAUAUUUUGAUUGGUCCAGCUGCAACAAAAGUAGUUUUCUCAUGGUUGUCUUUACCUUGUUUUCGCCGUUGUCCUUAUAAUUUACCGCUAUUGCCUCGAUCUGAGUAAUGUAGUCGAUUGUAGAAACUAAUUUUAUUGACAACUCGAAAGACACUGGUAAUCUACUAGUGAGUCAGCUGCACAUCCCAGUUCACGUCUGAGUUGAUCAACGAGGAUGUCACCUUUUAAAAUCGCCUCGCCUUCUAAAACAGUUCACAUUUUUUCAGAAUGGACUUACGAGAGUUUCUGCCUACUUAACCUUUAUCAAUCCAUUUUCUAUAUAAAAAUUUUGCAAGAAGACAUAAGUAUCUUGUGAUAAAAGACGAAACAGUUUUGUGACUCCAGUUAUGGGAGUAAGACUGAGUCAUGUUCGUAAAACUGGCUCGAAUUGUACAACACAAUUGCAGAUAAAUUAUCUGGAACCUCUUCAAGUCUGGGGUUCGUUUCUGACGCACAACGUUUAAAUUAGUCACUGCUUUAUAGUGGGAAAAAAUAAGAAAUCUGUCAAGAGCCGUCAUGGUACAAAGCAGUACCAGGUGAAUUGCGCAGUCUUUAAAAUUCAUCGUGAAUACAAUUGACCAAUGUGAUUCACGUUCAAACAAUUAUAACUACGUACGUUGAUAAUUAUAGAUAUGAAUUAAGUAGGUGGGGGUUCCAAAUAUAUUUCCUUGGCACUGUUCAUCGUAUUGAUGUGAAUUACUUUCACUUGUAAUCAGUUUUCUUUGUUGAUUGCCUCACAAAAACCAUUUAAUUAUGUACUAAGAGACAGUUGAUUACUAAUAGUGUUGUGUCGGUGGUACAGCUAUGCUGGAAGUGAGCAACUUUGUUGGUUACACAACAAUAUAACAAAGAAAUGUUAUUGCUAAUUUAUACUUUUAUGGGUUGGAGAGGAAUAAUGGUGCAAUUUUUUCUGUUUAUUUCACAUUAUUUCCAUGAAAAUGCAAAAACCAUCACCACCAUGUGUCGUCAAACAUCAUUCCUCUUCAGCCUUUUGAGAUUUAAUUGUGUUAGUGUUAAAAUUAUCAUUUGAUGUACACUUCCUCCAUUAAAGGCAAUUUCAACAAGUGAA